UACAAAGCAUGAAAGAAAACAUGUUUAGUAAACAGAAUUUCUACCACAAGCUACAGUUAUUUUAUUUUAUCAUUGUAUAUAAAAUUCCUUAAGGAUUUGUUUGUGAUUCAUGUCGUCGUACAAGCCAAACUCUCUUGUUUCUAUAGAAGACAAAAGAACGGAGGUCUUACAAAAACUACAGGAGUUAAGUGCGAUGGAGGCCGUAACAAACCUGUUGUUGAUGCUGUUUGACGAACCUGAGAGACCAGAAAACGCGGUGGAAUAUCUUAGAGAGAAGAUGGGAAACAAGAGGCAUAGUGCUGAAGAACUAGUCAACUUAAGAACGGAGCUGGCAGCAGCUAAGAUAAAGAUAUGUAUUUUGGAAGACGAAGUUAACAUUUUGCGUGAGAAGCUUCAGAGUUGUGAGCUGAAAGGAAAACUGAAAGAUAUUCCUGAGCAAGCAGUAAAAACAGUGACAGAACUUGAUAGUACAAAUGUCACUAAUGAAAUAUUUGAUUUAAAUUCUUCGUAAAGAAAAAGUUGGUAAUCUUUAGAUAUAUUGUGUCAAAAACCAAAUAACUGUUUAUUUUACAGUGAGGGGAUUUUCACGCCGUAUAAAACAUAUAAAUUAUUGGGUUACAGGUUAUUGAGAGCUUAGUAAAUCAGUUAGUUACGGAUGUUUUAUUUCCAGGAUCAAAAUUAAUUUACCAUUAUAAAAAAUAAAAUUGCUUUAAUUACCAGAACAAAAAAAGUAUAUUAACUCUAAAUUCCCAUUUUACAUUUUACUUUAGAGGAAUUUUCCUGUUAGAGUGUUAAUGACAACUCCAACAGACAAGUUCUUGUGGUUUUCGUGCUAAUGAGCCGGCACGUUUGUUUAAAGUGUAUUCUUGUUUUUUAAAGUUUUUGGGCAAAUAGAAAUAUUAAUUAAACAUGUUACAGUGUCAUUCUUAAAAAAUGAAAUCUGGCGCAGUAAAUAUCUAUGUAUAUAAUCACUCCUAAACAAACAUUAUAUAAUGUUAAACAUUAAAGUAAAAUGAUUGUAAAUUUGAAU